AUGAUUGCGUUUAGCGCGUGGUAUCGUGUACAUACUGGAGAAGAUGGGCAAGAUGAGUGGUACUUCCCCGUUCAUCUUCCAGGCUGGGACGUUCUGGUCAUAGUCCUCUUCGUUUUCCUCACCACAUACGUUCACAACGACCCCAAGUCGAACUACCAUCGCGGGAGUGUCUUCGUUCUCAGUUACUGCGUGCUCGUCGCGAACUUUUGUCUUGCGCCCAAGGAGCACACGGCGAGUGCCACGGGAACGCAGAUAAGGUCGUUGUCGGGACGCAGUUUAUCAAGGCCGGCGUAG